AUGGCACUUUUUAGGUUCAACUUCCGUGCUUUUCGCUGGACCCAGACCAUGCUGUUUGCCAUCAAUGAGAUUAACAUGCGGACUGAUCUCCUGCCCAAAACUGACCUGGGAUAUGUCAUCUACGACUCCUGUUUCACCAUCUCCAAGGCGGUGGAGGGCACACUCACUUAUCUGACAGGCCAAGACGAGGCUAUACCCAACUACCGUUGUGGCAGUGGUGCGCCCUUGGCGGCUCUAGUGGGUGCUGGGGGCAGUGACCUGUCCAUCGCCACUGCAAGGAUAUUGGGGCUCUAUCAUUUUCCACAGGUCAGCUAUGCUUCUUCGUCCUCUAUGCUGAACAGUAAGUUCCAGUUCCCCACAUUCCUCAGGACCAUUCCCAAUGACGUGCACCAGUCUGCAGCCAUGGCCCAAUUGGUGCUGCACUUUGGGUGGACCUGGGUGGGCACCAUAGCUGCAGAUGACGAUUAUGGAAAGUACGGCAUCAAGGACUUUAAGGAGCAGGUGGAGGAGGCUGAUGUCUGCAUCUCUUUCUCCGAGGUCCUACCUAAGGCACAUUCCCCAGAGGACAUCCAGCGUAUCGUUGAAACCGUUGUUAAGUCCACAGCCAAAAUCAUUGUAGUCUUCUCAUCAGAUGUGGACUUUAGUCCCCUUAUCCUGGAACUACUACGGCACAAUGUUACAAAUCGCACAUGGAUUGCCAGCGAAGCUUGGGUCACCUCCUCUCUCAUCAACCAGCCUGGUGUUGACUCAGUGCUGGGUGGUACUUUGGGUUUUGCGUUGAAGAGAGCUGACAUCCCCAAUCUCCAACACCAUCUACUGGACCUUGAUCCCUAUGAUGAUCCACUCACUGAGGAGUUAUGGGAAACGUUGUUUAACUGCACAUUGGACUAUGGCAAAGCUCUGAAGAUGGCCAGACUGAGGGCUAACAGGGUUAACGAGACUCAUUCCAGGGCAGAGAGAAGUGUUCCUGAUGGACUGUGUACGGGGAAAGAGUCUCUGGCUCGGCUCAAUAACACUUACUCUGAUGUCUCCCAGUUACGAAUCACAUACAGUGUGUACAAAGCCGUGUAUGCAGUGGCCCACGCCUUGCAUAACCUGGAACACUGUGAACCAGGAAAAGGACCGUUCACAGGUAACAACUGUGCCGACAUCACCAACUUUGAGCCAUGGCAGCUGAUGUACUACUUAAUGCAUGUGCGAUUCACCAUGAGGCAGACGGGGGAGGAGGUGUAUUUUACCGAUGGGGAUGUGGAAGGUUUAUAUGACAUCAUUAAUUGGCAGGUCAAAAGUGAUGGACAAAUGUCGUACAUCACUGUGGGACACUACAAUGGCUCAGCACCUCAAGAGUCCAGGAUGGUACUUCUGAAUGACUCCAUUGUGUGGAACAAAGAAGAGCUACAGCCUCCUCGGUCAGUGUGCAAUGAGAACUGUGAGCCGGGCACCAGGAAGGGGAUCCGACAGGGUGAACCGGUCUGUUGUUUUGACUGCAUCCCGUGUGCCAAUGGCGAGAUCAGCAACACAACCAAUGCACGUGCAUGUAUCCAGUGCACGGGAGAUGACUGGUCCAAUGAUGCACACGACGCAUGUGUACCAAAACUCAUUGAGUUCUUGGCAUUUGGAGAACCACUGGGAAUCACUCUCAUCGUCAUCUCUGCUUUCGGCGCGCUCGUCACUAUUAUAGUCAUGGUUGUGUUCAUCGUGCACCUCGAUACCCCUUUGGUCAAAGCCAAUGAUGCUCUGUUGAGUUUUUCGCUGCUCUUCUCUCUGGUUGUCACCUUCCUUUGCUCGAUUGUCUUCCUCGGAGAGCCUCAGCCUUGGAGCUGCAUGACCAGUCAGGUGGCUCUGGCUCUGGGCUUCGCUCUCUGCCUUUCCUCAAUCAUGGGAAAGGCAGCGGUGUUGAUGCUGAGGGCUCAGGCUCUAAAAGCGGCCCACGCUAAAGCCAAAGCCGCUGCCAAAGCUGCUAAAGCAGCAGCCGCUGAAGCAGCAGCCAACACUGGGAGUCGUAAUGUUAUUGCCACCAACACAAACACCAAAAACAAUGUUUUAAUUGCUGGUGCAAACCCUGAAGUGGACAUUCUCACUUUUGGUCACCAGAGGGCGAUAGUAGUUGUGGCAACAAUAAUACAGGGCAUAGCUUGUACCGUGUGGCUCAUCAUCCUCCCUCCACAUCCUGUGAAAAACACCUCCAGCCAGAACGUGAAGAUAAUUCUCGAAUGUGAUGAAGGGUCUGUGGUCUUCAUCUGCUGCAUCUUCGCUUACGACAUCCUUCUGGCACUGCUGGCCUUCAUCUUUGCCUUCAUAGCCCGCAAACUGGAGGACCACUUCAGUGAGGCGAAGUGCGUGACCUUCGGUAUGCUGGUCUUCUUCAUUGUGUGGAUCUCCUUUGUUCCGGCUUACCUCAGCACUCGAGGAAAGUUUAUGAUUGCAGUUCAGAUUUUUGCUAUUCUGGCCUCCAGCUUUGGCCUGCUGACCUGCAUCUUCCUGCCCAAGUGCUAUGUGCUUCUGAUCAAACCCGAACGCAACACUGAAGCGAUGAUGAAGCCUCGCCCCAAACCCCGUGAUGGAACCUCAACUGGGACGUCAACCUCACUCGCUACAGCUGCUACUGAGGUCAACGCUACAAUAGCAUCCACUGCCAUUGACGAUUAGGGUGAUACUGCUAACUAAGCACGCCAUGAUUUUUACAGCUUCAAAAGCUUAGAUGGCAGCCUUAUUUUUAUUGUAUCUUGCAUACAUUUAAAAAAUAUUGUAAUUUAU